AUGGGGAUGGCUGAGAAAGAGGAAGACGAGGAGGAGGUGAAAAGGGCAGAGGAAAAGGAGGACGGGGAGGGGGGUAACGAUGCAGGGAGUGAAAAAAUGGGGUUGGAAAGUGCUUUGAAUCAUGACAUUGGGAGUGAGGAAGAGGGGACGGUAACGGAAAGAUGGGACGGCGGGGAGGAGGGGGAAGAGUGGGAGGAGGACGAAGAGGAGGAGGAAAUAGAUUAUUACGAUGACGAUGACGACGACGAUGACGACGACGAUGACGAGGAUGACGACGACGAUGACGACGACGAUGACGACGACGAUGACGACGACGAUGACGACGACGACGACGACGACGACGACGACGAUGACGACGACGAUGACGACGACGAUGACGACGACGAGAACGACGACGAUUACGACGCCGACGAAUACGAAGAGGGGAUGUUCAAAGAGCAUCCCUGGGAGCACGAGCUGCAGUCGGGAAUCCUAGACCGAUGGGGACAUGGUGAUGCGGGCGCGGGCAGGAGCGGAUGGCCAAAGACCUCCGCUAACACAACGCUUAAUAAUCGCCUUACUCUCAACAGCAGCCGUAGGAACAGGAGCAGCAGCAGCAGCAGCAGCAGCAGCAGCAGCAGCAGCAGCAGCAGCAGCAGCAGCAGCAGCAGCAGCAGCAGCAGCAGCAGCAGCAGCAGCAGCAGCAGCAGCAGCAGCAGCAGCAGCAGCAACAGCAACAGCAGCAGCAGCAGCAGCAGCAGCAGCAGCGGCGGCGGCGGCGGCGGCAGCGGCGGCGGCAGUACCGACGCGCCUUGGCCAGACAAUAGCACCAGUCGGCUUUUGCCCGCAGCACCCGCUGACAGCCUCUCCGUUCGCCGUACGCUGAGGAAUAUCGCCCGCGCCAAGCGCGCCCCUGUAGUUUCCCCGCGCUGGCGGAGCUCCGCGCACAGGGGGAACGCGCCCACCACUAAACGGCGACCGGCUGCUAGACGGCCGGUGAAACGUAGCGGAGGAAAGGGGAAAGUGACGCGAACCGUGAGAGGACGCGGGACGAGCGGGCAAGGGAAGGCGAGGCGGGGAGGGAGAACGCACGUGCAGGGCGCAAGCGCGCGGCCACGGAAAACCGCCAAGAAACGCCCGAGCAGCAGCGCGAGGAGACCGAGUAGCCGAAGCAGGAGCAGCAAGAAGCCAGUCAAGUCAGUCAAGAAGCCAGUCAAGUCAGUCAAGAAGCCAGUCAAGUCAGUCAAGAAGCCAGUCAAGUCAGUCAAGAAGCCAGUCAAGUCAGUCACGGCAGUGAGGGCAGCAAGCAGCAAGCAGGUGGACUGUCAGUACUCGCGCAAGGGCUUCGGGCAAAACCUCUACCGCUGCGCCAUGGGGUACGCGAAGCGCGCGCGCGUGACGGGUGGGCUCGGGAAGCCCGUGUAUAUCGUGCGCAGCAGCGCGGACUACGCGACGGUGCCCAAGUACGGGACGCUGCGCUGGGCGCUGCAGUGGCUGCGCGGCGGGUGUUACAUCCGGUUCGCGAAGUCGAUGACGAUUCGCCUGAACGCGCGGCUGUUCGUUCCUUCGCACACGAGCAUCGACGGACGCGGCGCGUGGGUGAAAAUCAUCGGGAGUCUGGACGUGAUCAAUGUCACGAAUGUGAUUAUACACAACAUUGCAGUGGAGAACGAGUACGGCAACCACGACCUUAUCCACAUCCGGUCCAGCUGGCGCGUGUGGGUGGACCACUGCAACGUGCAGAACGGCGUACGUGGCACUGUUGACGUGGUGCGGGGCUCCACUGACGUCACCAUCUCCAACUGCUACGUCCACAACAAGGACCUCACUAUGCUGCUGGGAGCAGCAGACUGGGACUCUAUUGACAAGCGCAUGCGUGUAACCAUCUACCGUAACUGGUUCGAUAAGUCAGGCCAGCGGUUACCGCACUGCCGCUGGGGCCAGUUCCAUGUAGUGAACAACCUCUACACCAACUGGGGCUUCUACUGCUUAGGUGGCCGGGCAUACGCAAACAUUCGGUCAGAGCGGAAUGUUUUCCUGCCCGGUCAGCGGAAGGAGGUCACCCCAUGGUUUGGCGUCUCGGCGUUGUCUACCCCCGGGUUUGACAACUCUCCUACAAUUGUUUCGAUUGGUGAUGCACUCUUGAACGGCGCAACUUUCCAUCAGUUCAGGGGUAUGAAGCAGCCAUUCUCCCCACCGUAUCUAAUCCCCAUGCUCACGCCUAACACUGCAGCGCAGCUGCCCUUGCGCGCGGCGGGAUCAUAUAUGACGCUGCCGGCGAUGCAGACGGCUGUUAGAAUUCCCGCGUCCUCGCGCGGACUAUUCAUUGCGAGGAGUGUCACUUCCGCGCGCUCUUCCGCGCCCGCGCGACCACUCCCCGCAGUGGUUGCGCGCUCAGGAGGUGCGGACUCCUCUCCCGGCUCCGCGCAGCCGCCGCCCGCGGCGGGCGCGCAACCACAGAGUGGAACUAGCAGUGGCCUUUCCGCCUCAAGCCGACCACAAUCCGCGUCCGCCCCUCAGCCCUCCUCGUCCUCCCCCACUCCCCCCUCCUCCUCCUCCUCCUCGCCUCUCUCUCUCCUCUCCUCCCCUCCUCCGUCUGUUUCCGCCAACACCCGCGCUCGCCUAUUCGACGCGCCUUCCUCCUCCUCAUCCUCAUCGCCUGCCCGCACGCUGGAUCCCUUGGAGACAUCAUUCGAGGGCAUCAUGGCGUUUGAUGGGCCGGGUCCUGAGCUCAUCAAUGGCCGCCUGGCCAUGCUGGGAUUCGUAGCAGGGAUGAGUCGGGAGGUGGUAGGCGGGGUGUCACUGCAGCAGCAGCUGACAGACCCCGGCGAGACGGGCAUAGCAGCGCUGCUGCUGGCUGCUGUCCUCGUCUCCCUUGCCUCGCUGCCUCCGCUGCUCAAGGGAGUUCGGCCAGAAGACCACAGCUUCCUCCUCUUUUCCUGGGAGGCGGAACAGCUGAAUGGACGAGUUGCCAUGCUUGCAUUUGUUGGGGUGUACACUGUUGAGUACCUUGCUAGUGUUCUCUUGCAGUAG